CAAUUCCGCCUGCUUGGCCCUUUGAUCUUAUUCCGAAAAAUGUAUUGGACAAAGCUAAAGAUAUAACCAAAGUCAAUUUGCGCGUAGGAGAACGGAUGGUUUCCAACGUCCCGAUGCUUCUACCUAGCUUGCAAGAAGUCCGCGAAUUUGGAAAACAAUCCAUAUUGGGCUAUCCGCUGGAGGCUGUUACUCUUGGAAUACACAGCUUUUGCUCGGCUGCUGUAGCAUCUAACGGGACGGAACCCUACUAUGAACCCGAUUUGAGUCGAAUGAAUUACGUUCUGAUGACCGAAAGUGGAAAUUUCACCUACUCCUUGAGUCAAGCCCAAGAUCUGUGGGAAAGUUCUGAGUUCUUCAAGGAUCUGGACACGGUGGUUGUAGUUACUGGAUGGUUGACUUCUAUCAACGAUACGAACGACGCGGCUUUUGAACUCUACAAAGCAUACCACGCCAGAGGAGGCUACAACUUCAUAGUGAUUGACACCGCAUCUCAACUGACGAGCUUGUACACGUGGUCUUCAUUCAAUACCAACAACUUGGGGAAUGCACUGGGACAGGGUUUAGCUAAACUGGUAAACUAUGUCCCAUUAGCAUCAAUUCAUGUCAUCGGACACAGCUUGGGAGCGCACAUUAGUGGAGCUGCAGGACGACAAUUCCAGACCUUAACGGGUCAGAAUUUGCCGCGAAUAACAGGAUUGGAUCCCGCUAAUCCAUGUUUCAAUGAAGGCGAAAGCUUGUCGGGACUAAGUCGAGGUGAUGCUAGCUGGGUGGACGUUAUUCACAGCAAUGUGAGAAUUUUGGGAAAACGGGCCCCAAUCGGUGACAUCGACUUUUAUCCAAAUGGCUUGAACUCUAUUCAACCUGGUUGCCUAACGGUAAUUUGUUCACACAGCCGUUCCUGGCAGUACUAUGCGGAGAGCGUCUACCCGGAAAACGAGGAGAACUUUAUCGGCGUCAAGUGCAACAGCUUGUCGGCCGUGGACGAUGGAUUGUGCAAGUCGCAAACAGCCAUUAUGGGUUUCAAGGUUAGCCAAAAAGCGAAAGGCAACUUUUUCCUACGAGUCAACUCGCAAUCACCCUAUGGCAGAAAAGGAACCAAUUGAUGCUU